UUAUCUGCCCCUUUACAACAGAGCUGCUCAUGUGCAUUAUGUAAGUACAUUUCAACUCAUAAUGACUUUGAAGAAGAGACAAGGAGGUGCAUUCACCACCUUUUCUUUCCAACUGUGCUCAAAACCUGCCAGCUGAAGUUGGAUUAACUUUCCUGUACCUGUGGAUUUGGGUCUCUGAUGGACGUCAGUAUGAAGAUGCCUCACUCUUCUCUCAUCACAUUUGCCCUACUGUUGAUUCAACUAUCCAGUGUCACUGGAGGCAAAGUCCUGGUGUUCCCAUUGGACGGGAGCCAUUGGAUAAACAUGAAAGUGCUCAUAGAGGAACUGCAUGCCAAAGGCCACGUGGUCACUGUGGUUCGGGCGUCUGAUAGCUGGUACAUCAGUGAAAAGUCUCCUCUCUACACCUCUGUCACUGUUCCCAGCCCUGGUGGAUUUGACGAAAACCUUUUUGAAGACUUAUUGUCUCGACAGCUGGAGAUCUUGUUUAAAGGUAGACAUUCAUCUGUUUGGUCUCAAAUCUGGACUCGUAUUCAGAUGGAGCGGCUGGCUGUGGACCAGUUCUUUCAGCUCCACAAGGGAAUGAGUGAAAUGAUCGUUCAGAUGUUUGAAGAUGAAAAGCUGAUGCAGUCUUUCCAUGAAGCCAAAUAUGACGUGGUUUUGGCUGACCCUGGCAUCGGCGGAGGGACAAUACUGGCACGUUGGCUCCAAGUUCCUCUUGUUUAUAAUGUCAGAUGGACCAUUCAAGGUGAAGCUCAUUUCGUUCUGGCCCCCUCACCUUUGUCAUACAUUCCUUUCACUGCAACAGAGUUGACUGAUAAGAUGACCUUCCCUCAAAGAGUAAAGAAUGUUUUGAGUUACAUUUUUGGGAUGUACACAAUGUCAUGCAUCACAGAACCUCAUUACAAACCUUUAGUUGAGAAGUACUUGGGUCCCAGUGUGGAUUACUCAACAUUUUUCCGCGAUGCAGAUAUAUGGCUUAUGAGGAAUGAUUUUGUCUUUGAGUUUCCACGUCCAACAAUGCCAAAUAUAGUAUACAUGGGAGGAUUUCAGUGCAAGCCCCCAAAGCCACUCUCUGCAGACCUGGAGGAGUUUGUCCAGAGCUCUGGAGAUCACGGGGUCAUUAUGAUGACCUUAGGAACAUUAAUUGGGAAGCUUCCUCAGGAUGUUGUUGAGGAAAUAGCUGCAGCCUUUGCCCAGCUGCCUCAGAAGGUUAUAUGGAGGUAUAUGGGACAAAGGCCAGCCAACCUGGGCAACAACACGUUAAUAGUCAACUGGCUGCCGCAGAACAACCUCUUAGGACAUCCCAAAACUAGAGUGUUUGUGACGCACGGAGGCACUAACUCAGUUCAGGAGGCAAUUUACCAUGGAGUUCCUGUAGUUGGACUUCCCUUAUUCUUCGAUCGGCCUGAUAACCUCUCCAGAAUCAAAGCAAAGGGGGGAGCUGUGAUUGUGGACAUUGCAGAGCUGGACAGACACAUCUUUGCUGAUGCCCUGAUGACAGCUAUUCACAAUUCCUCUUACAGGGAAAACAUGCAGAAACUCUCACGGCUGCACAGAGAUCAGCCCAUGAAGCCGCUGGACCAGGCGAUGUUUUGGAUUGAAUAUGUCAUCAGACAUAAAGGAGCGCGUCAUCUGCAGGCCCAGUCCAACAAAAUGUCCUGGUUUGUUUACAACUCUGUUGAUGUCAUCGCUGCUUUGUUGGCUUUAGUUGUGCUUGUUACAUUCACCUGCAUUUUAAUUGUAAGGUUGCUGUGGAGAAUUUGUUUUGUUGGGAAAAAAGUUAAACAUGAGUGACAUGAAAAAUAAAAUGUUCAAUCAGUCCAAUUGAAACUGUGUCAGCGAGUAUGAUUGAUUGCACUUCAAUAUGUAUUUGUCUCCCAAAACAUGUUGACGAAGGAUCAAGGCAGGAGCUGCAGGCAGAGGAGCCAAAGCAGUAGGAGAGAGAUCUAGCAUUGAAGGAUUCAGAGUUCUUCAGUCUUUGUCAGAUCAGAACCCAGACGUGAAAUAGACUUUGUCUGAAGUUCUUCCUUUCCAGGUUGGUUGGAGGCCACAUUCAGCAUGUCUAGCUCAAGCUUGUGGCCUGUAGGUAUGCAUCCAGUUUAUAGUUUGAUUCUGAUUUCUUCUCAAUGAAUUUAUCAGUUUGGUAACACUUUCUAUGAAGACCAUAUCAUGCAUUAUGAGGGUGUUAUGGGGCGACGCACGUCCAGCUACAGCGCAGUCUACAGUGUAGUGUACGCAGCUACACAGAGGUACUGCAUUGAUUCAACACAGAUGUAUAAAUUUUGCUCAACACGGGCACAGCUUGUGUAUGUGAGCUUCAAGAAGAGAAGUUUGCACCUGCAUCAACAUCUUAAUUAAAGUAUUUUUUAAAUUUCAAUUACUGUUAUCCUCUUUCAAAUUUUGAGUGUGUGAUUUGGAGCACUGAUCUGACCCCAAAGAUCAGGCCUGACCCUACAUGAACCUGCACAGUUUGACCUAAGCCUGAACCAAGGCAGCCAUUUUGGGCCUGAGCUCCAUUAAAAACCUGAA